AAUCACCUGUAAAAUCAAAGCUGAAUAGAUGGGGGUCUUAUGAAAGGUGUCUUGAUAGAUUCUUUAAACGUUCGAAAUGUUCGAGAGUAGGGCACUUAGGAGGAAGAUCUGUUCGUGUAUUCUACACUGUGCUUUGGUAAGGGAUUUAUCAACACAAUAUUUGUUUGGGCAUAACGGGAUUUGUAAAAUGACAUACAUAACCAAUACUGUUCUUUUUGCCAUUUUAACUCAAUAAAAUGUGCGCCUAUACAACAAAUUCUACGCUGAUGCUGAAACAAUGACCAAUUAAAGUGCAACUAGACAACAAAUGAUACUCUUAACCUGGAACAGUGAACAACAAAAGUGCAAUUAGACAACAAAUUCUACGCUUAAUCUGGAACAGUGGCAAAUAAAAGCGCAACUAAGCAAGUAAUACGCUGAACUUGGAACAGUAACCAAUACAAGUGCAUGUUUAUUUCAGCAUUCCGUUACAACACCUCCUAUCUGAGAUGUCCCUGCUAAAGUGACAGUUGUUUUGUUAGCAACUCUUUCAUCUACAUGAAGUUACAGAGGGAGUGACUAUAUAGUUGCAGUGUAAGCACAGGUUACAACAUUUGACAAGAAUUAAUCCACAGACAGGUAUGCACACCGCUGAUACACACAGUAUUCAGUGUGACACUCGCCGCCCCGGACAGGUGUAUUGAGGAACAUCAUCACCCAGUAAUCAGUCAGCCAGAUUGGACCUGACAGCAGAGGACCUGGUACGACUGAAUGUUAUCGUUAUUGAGGAAAGUGGACUAAGAUGCCCCCACAGUCACCGCCGAAUUCAAGGAGGUCCAUUCGAGUACUUCAAACGUUCCAGGCAUUGCUAGGAACUCUUUUGUAAAUCAAGGACCAUCGACACUGUAGCUGUUGACAUGUAGAACACAUCAGCAAUGACGACAGUAGCACGUGCGUUGUUUGUGUUGGCAUUCCUUCUGGGUCUUCUGCCAACCAACCAUGCUGUUUUUCCAACCACGCGGGGCGGUCAGGGACUCCUAAACACAAAGUGUAACAUAAAACCCACGGAUGACACAUUCUCGAAGUACAUGGACGACGCAUGGGUUCAAUUGAAUGAAUUUCACUUCAGCAUGGCAAAUUACUCCACAAAUCCUCUUUACACAGAUCUUGGCAUGAACUACAAGCCAUGGAGGUGGUACAGAACACGAACACAGCAUGGGAGGACCCUGCUAAUGCUGUCCUUUCACUACGAUGUGUUGUCGAUGACUAUUCUAACCAUCGGCGUGGAAGCAAAUAAUAUCCAACUUAUCGACAGUCCCUUCGGCUGUUUCGGUAAUUUGACUGGUGAGAAAAGAGUAGUCCUAAUCCGACAACUAAUUCUGGACGAUUUUAGGUCCAUAAAGAAAACCAUGACAGAGCUAGAAAGUGAAACGCAUUUACAGAACAUUGUGUAUGUGUGCAAUGAGGUGGUGAAGAAAACUGGUCAGUAUGCGGAAUUCGGUAACAGGUGUUGUCACCAAAACAUUAACGGGGACACUGUCUGCACUGACCAAGUGGAAGAUGCUUGGAUAACUGUGUUGUACGUGUGUAUAGGCCUCGUGAAAAUUCUUGUGUUUUUCUUCAGUCCUCUCCUCUUGCCAAGCUACAUGUAUAGCGCGUCGUACGUUGCUUCCGAAUACGUGGUAAAAUUAAAAGAUGAACUUAAAAUGAAAAUGUUUAUCACCGAAAGCACCGAAACUUCAAUAAGGUACAAGAAACGACUAACAAUUGAGGACAUUUCUGAGUGGAAGAAAUUCCGAGAAAGCAUAGAAGAAUGUCCGAUGGAUGAGAUAGUGCCUAUCAAAAUCCCGGAGUUACGUGUGAAGGUAAAGGGAAAGAGAAUUAUCCCGGAGAAUGAGCCGCCGACUGGUCUUCUACGUACAAUUUACGACAAUCUGAUUCGAUGUAAGAUUAAAGCACUCGAUCCCUUCCGGGAGUGUUGUGACAGGAGUGUGUACGCGUCGCUAGAAACUCAGAUCGCACACAAGUGUACGUGGCACAUGUUUGUGCAGAUGGCAGUGAAGAUUCUCUUGCUGUUUUUGGUUCCCAUUCCGUACUAUGUAAGAGUAUAUAUCUACUACCAAUUUGAAGAGGGAGAAAUGGUUAGAAGGGAUAUGGUAGCAAGAGAGUUUAACUUGCAAAUGGGAUUUAAUUUCUACCGAGGAAAUAUCAUUCAGUAUUUAACGCCAACACAUGGAAUAUUUAUCGCUACCUAUGUGUUUUACUUUUCUGUAGGGUUUAUCAUAGGAUUUUCCGACGAAAUCACAAGAGAAAAACUUAAAUCCAUAGCUCGUGGAUCUCUUCAGGAUAUGCUUAAUGUACAAAGAACAAGUGUGCUUCAGGUAAUUCUACGUAUCGGUCUUUGGCCUUUCCGUAAGUGUGGUUUAUUGGCCAUAAUACUUUGUCCAAUUUACGCGAGUAUCACUGCGCCAUUUUGUCUAACGGUGUUUGUAUUGUACUGUAUACCAACUGUUUACCUAUCAUACAGGCUACUCUAUCACUCGAGAAAGAAAAUAUCAUAUCGAGACGACAGUAAAAAAUCCAUAAAACCAUUAACUAAAACUAAAAAACGGGUGAAAAAGAUCCAAAAACAGUUGUCUAAAAUUGACAUCACUGUGCAUCGUCGCAAUUCAGCAUUUACGGAAGAUGAUCACGUGUUUCCCUGUACGUGGGGGUCGGGACGCCUUAUGAUGAUUAGGCGGGUGUUUGUUCAGAUAAUCGUUGGUUUGUUCUGUUUAUCCUGCCUCUACGCCAUUGUUCUAUUGUUUGUAGAGGCUGUUGGACUGGUUGUCGAGGUUUUAGCCUUUACCAUGAUGGGUAUCAUUGUGAACGCUGGCAGCACGCUCCGAUACGUGUCUAUGGCGCUGUUGGUUAUUGUCUAUAUGCACGACUGCUACAAUAACGUGUACGAGAGUUAUCUUACGUUCAACAAGACGGUGAUAGAGGACGUUAUGGACAGAGUGGAAGACUUGAAGAAGGUGGCGAGUCUACCGUCUAGUAUGCAGGAAAACGCUGCGUUCCAAGUCCAACCACCGGAAACACUCGAUGAAAUCACAACCGUUCUUUCGUUCGAGAAAAAAGAGCCAGCUUGGAGAAUAGGUCAUCUGUUGUUGUUCCUUGAUUCGUAUGAUACACCAAGAAUUCCAUUACGACUCUUCAAGAAGCUCUGUGAAGUGCGGAUACAUGGAGCACCUGGUCCCGUAUAUAUAAACCUCCUACGUGCUACAGGCAAGUUUCUUAUCAUUGUGGUAUUCCUCUUCUUUGUCAUGAUCGUUGUCAUGGCAUUCGGGAACGUGCACCAGAUAUCAUCCACGAAUCAAACACUGGCCACACUUGCUGGUGGAUUCGUCCCGAUGCUCUUGAAAAACGUUUUACCGCGUAAGUCUGUUAAGCUUAAUUUAAAAACUUUGAGUUUCAAAGGUCAAAUUGACGAAAUUAUCAGCGAGUUUAAACAAAACUGGCCUCUGUAUGAUCUUAUCUUUGAGAAUGAUGUCCCGUCAGAAGCCGACGGUAGUGAAAUGCGAUCAGAGACGAACAGUAUAGAUGAAGGAAAUCCAAUGAAUGCCAAAAAAGCGAGCCAGAGCCUUGAAACCAUACUUGAAGAUAAGGCUGAAACUGAAAAUGGUGGUACAAACAAAGAGAAAAACGACAAACCGAAAGAGAACAAUAUAGAUACAUACAUAAAAGAAAAGAAAGCCCCUGACAAUGGCAAUAAACCAUUUGACUUGGUCAACUAUUUCGACAAACCUCCUAGUAACGGUAUCCCUUUGGGGCCACAAACUGGUAAAUUUCUUCCGAGGUACUCGGUAGUGGAGGAUAAUUAUGUGGACCUAUUUAUAGACAUGAGUGUGGCGGAAACUACGACACCGUGGCAAAGGUCAUUGGAGUCUAUUCCAUCCGUGUCAAUGUUGCCAGAAGGCGAAACGGACGACUUGCAGAAUAACAUUCCGGAAAUUACUAUUAACUCCUACUAUUGAGUGAAAUCGAAGGGAUUUUAAUCCUUUAAUCUACUUCAAAGUCCUAUCUUAAUUAAAAGUUUAAUUAGUAUUUGUAUCGACGUUUCUUUGAAAUGCGUAAUUAAUUAAUCCUAAGAGUUAAUGAUAACGAUGUGCUUGUCAAUUUUAAAGAAUUAUGAAGAAUGGAGCGGAUUAUUUAAGUUUUAGUAUGAUAGACGGACAAAGCUGGCAUUAGGUUAGUCAAUAUUCACUUUUUUGGCUAUCUGCAUCGCAUGGUUAUGUUUUAGAUAGGUGUUUCCUUAUUUCGUUUAAAGUAGUUAAUGUACAUAGGUGAAGUAAAUGAAAUCCAUGAAAGUAUCGUCUGCUUUAUCAGAGAUAAUUAACUGUUAUCAAACAACGUGUAAAGCAUCUUGUUUAUGUCAAUCGUGAAAUCGUAUAGAAGCUGGUGGUUAAAUAGCAAGGUAAGUAAUAAAAGUCGGCGGAGUUUUGUUUUGUUUGCAGUGGUAUGUGAUGGAAAAGUUUAGAUCAAAUUGGAAGAAAUAUUAUGAAGGUUGCCUUCAUUUAGACGAGUUUGAAUAGCAUUUUAUCUAUCAAGAAGAAAGUACUUUCAAAUGUUACAGAAAAGUGCUUCAAUCUUAAAAAACUCUAUGGUAUGUGUUUGAUGUAUUUUGUUUGUUUUGUAUCAUUAAAUAUGAAAAUUCAGUAAUGGGAUUAAAACAUAAUAGUAAUGUAUGUUUAAAGAUAGUUUUAGUCUAAAAAGAGUGUUUAAUUUCGCUACUUUCUGAAUUAUUGUCACGUAUGAUAUGAAUUAUUGUCACGUAGCUACUGUUUGCUACAUAUAUUAGGUUUACGACAUCGAUGUUUCCAUGUGUAUUCCAUUUGUUUAUUAAUUGUUGUUAAUCCAAUCCAUAUCGGUAUGACCAUGCUUUUCUUCUGCUUGUUAUAAUAUUUCGCUCUUUGGUAUUAAGAGAGUUGUUACAAUAUGCUAUAUUGUAAAUACUGCAUUGAAGAUAUUUGAGCAAUUAAAAGUAUAUUUUCUCUU